AUGAUGCGCGGUGACCCAUCUUCGAUGGAAGUAGAAGGAGUGCUUGUCGAAGCUUUCAGCGACGCUGAUUACGCAGCGGACAAAAGUACCCGCAAAUCAGUGAGCGGUGGCGUGUUAAUGGUGGGCGGCAUGAUUGUGGGCUGGCUACGCAAGAAACAAAAUUGCGUGGCCCUAUCUACAAUGGAUGCUGAGUUCGUGGCGGCUUCUCAAACUGCCGCUGAGAUGGUGGGCAUCAUGGAGCUACUAAAAGAGAUCGGUGUGAUGAUAAAAACGGAUUCAAUACUUCACGUCGACAAUCAAGCAGCGAUAGCUCAGAUCAAGAGUGAGGUACGUCUGGUCGAGCCAAGCAUAUUGACGUGA